AUUCCUGUGCUCAGCAGUGGAAGAUUUUAUGGAUGAUAUUGUAAAGGCCUGGAAACAAAUAAAAGAUCACAGUACAGCAGUGGAGUCUGUGAUUUUGAAAAGCGACUUGAUGUAUGAUAAACUCAGCAUCCUUAGUGAUAUCCUGGCGGAGGAUGCAGUUGCUGCCUCUGCCGAGAGGGCAGCCAUAGCAUAUGGAAGCAGAAGCAAAGCAGAUGGGAAACCCUUCAUGCCUGAACUAGACCACGUAGCAAAGGCCAAGAUGGAGUUGGCUGAAAGGAUACAGAAACUCCAGCAAUCCUUGAAACUCAUCAUAUUCCAGAUUGAACAAGUUCUGGAUGACGAAAGCAGACAGAACUUAUCAGUUAAGAACUUUGCUUCAUCUUUGUUCCUGGGAGACGGAGACAAUGACUCAGAUGACUAUGAUCACAGCCCUACACACCGUGCUCGUUGUGACACCUUAUAUUCCAUACCUUCUUUGAGAAGUGAAGACCUAGAUAACCUUGACUUAGAACACUUACAUAUUACACCUGAAACGAUACGCUUCAAAGAAAAGUGUGUCAUGAACAACUACUUUGGAAUUGGACUAGACGCUAAAAUCUCUCUGGAGUUCAAUGCCAGAAGAGAAGAACACCCAGAACAAUACAAUAGCCGCUUUAGGAACAAAAUAUGGUAUGGUCUUCUGGGAAGCAAGGAACUGCUGCAACGCUCUUACAGGAAACUGGAAGAGCGAAUACAACUUGAGUGUGAUGGAGAAGUGGUCUCCUUGCCAAACCUUCAAGGCAUCGUAGUGCUCAACAUUACCAGCUAUGCUGGAGGUGUCAACUUCUGGGGACGGAGCAGAGCAAACACAGAAUAUGAGGCCCCUGCAAUCGAUGAUGGGAAGUUAGAGGUUGUGGCAAUCUUUGGUUCUGUGCAGAUGGCCAUGUCUCGUAUCAUCAACCUGCAACAUCAUCGAAUUGCCCAGUGCCAAGAGGUUGUAAUAACUAUUAAUGGUGAAGAUGGUGUGCCUGUGCAGGUGGACGGGGAAGCCUGGAUUCAGAAACCAGGCCUUAUCAAGAUUAAAUACAAGAAUUCUGCCCAGUUGUUGAUGAGAGAUCGGGACUUUGAGAACUCAAUGAAAACGUGGGAAUCUAAGCAUUCGGAAAUCCAAGCUGUCCAACCACCCCACCUGGAUUUCCAUGAAUCUCAAGACAGCCUCUCUGAUGAAGAGUAUGCUCAGAUGCAGCACUUGGCUCGGCUUGCAGAAAACCUCAUUAGCAGACUUACUGACCUAAGCAAGGUCCACCAGCAUGUGUCUGUCCUCAUGGAUUCUGUGAAUGCCAGUGCUAACAUACUGAAUGAUGUGUUCUAUAGCCAAGACAGUGGCAAUGAAGCAGGUGCAGCUUCCUGCAUUCCCAUUGAGACCCUAAGCAGAACUGAUGCAGUAGAUGUUACAUUUAGUCUUAAAGGGCUCUACGAUGACACCAAAGCUUUCCUGGAUGAAAACUUGUUGAGAGAUGCUGAGGAUCGGGCCAUGCUACAAACUGCCUUGGAUGCCAUGAAUACAGAGCUGAGAAGGAUACUGGCAAUUGACUGGUUGAGUCAGAUCUUUUUUCCCAUGGAACAGCCGUCCGACACUCGCAGGUUUAGAAUUAGAUUCCCCAAGCUGAGGAAGAAGAAACAUCGAGAAGAGGGAGAAAAGCCGAAAUCAGGCCAAAGAUUUCCUGGUAUUCUUGGCAAGUUCUGGCGUCGCAGAAAUCGUGGCAAUCGAGCAAAUGCUGAUGAUCCUCCAACACCUUCAAGUUCUCAAUAG